AUGGAAACCGUGAUGGAGGCACAGAGCCCGUUGGCCGAGGACGGCUUCAGCCAGGUCACCCGCAAAGGUGGCCGGCGGGCGAAGAAACGGCAGGCAGAGCAGCCGUCCACGCUGGAGGAGGGAGGCGACGCGACCUCCAUGGACACCGAGGAGGCCCGACCCGCAAAGAGGCCCGUCUUCCCGCCCCUCUCCGGGGACGGAUUCCUGAGUGGGAAAGAAGAAACCAGGAAAAUUCCAGUCCCAGCCAACAGAUACACGCCAUUAAAAGAGAACUGGCUGAAGAUAUUUACUCCUAUUGUGGAGCAUUUGGGACUUCAGAUACGCUUUAACUUGAAAUCGAGGAAUGUUGAAAUCAGAACUUGUAAAGAAACCAAAGAUGUUAGCGCCCUGACAAAAGCAGCUGAUUUUGUGAAAGCCUUCAUUCUUGGGUUUCAGGUGGAGGACGCACUUGCCCUUAUAAGACUGGAUGACCUCUUUCUGGAGUCCUUUGAAAUUACAGAUGUUAAACCUUUAAAGGGAGACCACCUGUCCAGGGCAAUAGGCAGAAUUGCUGGCAAAGGAGGAAAAACCAAAUUCACCAUCGAGAACGUGACCCGGACGCGGAUAGUUUUAGCUGACGUGAAGGUCCACAUCCUUGGUUCUUUUCAAAACAUCAAGAUGGCAAGAACUGCCAUUUGCAACCUCAUUCUGGGAAAUCCUCCAUCAAAGGUUUAUGGCAAUAUUCGAGCUGUGGCUAGCAGAGCGGCAGACCGAUUCUAA